AUGGUCGACGAAACCCUUGAUAGAUCUGCAGACCAUGAGACCUACAAGUACAUCCAAACAGCUUUCAACAAAGCUGUACUCCAAUGGAAAGCUACCGCCGAGACGCCUGAAAAGGAGACUUAUAAAGAGCUUAAAAAUCGCACGGAAGAUCACUUCAUCCAGGCAAGAGCUGCCCGUGACCUGGCUGAUAUAGAGGCUUGGAUCCGCAAAUACAAUUGA